UUGUAGUUUUGUGGAGUUUCAAACUAUCUAUAAUAAUAAGGUUUUAUUAACAGAAAAAGAAAGUCACAACCUUUUUUCUUUUGGUUGCAGAGUUGUUGUGCAGAUUGAGAACAAAAAUGGGUCUAAUUCAUAUGCGAAAAUGGUUGCUUGUGUUGUUAGUUUUGGUGUCACAAAGUUCAUCAUCACAGGGUUGGUUCUUUUCAUCUACAACUAAUAGCAAGAAUGAUAAUAAACAAGAAAACAGUAAUUCAGGCAAAUACUCUUGGAAAAGUCGAACGGUUAAGUUGGUGUCUGAAUUCUCAAUGGAAGUUUAUAAAAAUGAAAAGGGACUUAAACUCAUCGAAAACGCUAAACAAAAGAUGUUAGUCCCUGAUUCUUGUUGGCAGAGAGCUUAUCAGAGUGUAUUUGCUGUGUGUUCAAAAGCUCUUCCCGAUGAAGAAUUAAGGUCUAGACUUUCUUGGAAUUUAUGUGAUUGUUUUCAGCAACAUACUGGGAGAUCUCCUUUGCCUUAUUGUGAUGCAAAAUCACCAAUGACAAAUUGUCUCAAGAAAAUAGAUACUGAUGUUCUCAAAAUUUAUUUGGAGUUCCUUCUUGAAAUUGGUGCAAUUUGCCAUCAAUUGCAGAUAGAUGCAUGGAAGUUUUCAAUAGAGAGUUUGGUGAACAAUUUGCAAAUUUCUGCUGAAUUUGCUGAGGAAAAACUAGAGAACAUGUUACAAGUAGGGGAAUUGCUAUUACAAAACUCGAAAAAUGUACAAGAAUCUUUAGCCUCGAUUGAUGUUCAAACUCAACGAGUAGUAGAGACUUCCAAGAAUAUUGAGGAUAGUGUAAACUCUGUGUCGAGGCAGUCAGAAGCAAUUUUGGAGCAAUCGAAAGGAAUAGCAGCUUCACAGUUAGAGUUGAGCGAAGGGCAGGCGAUAAUGAAGGAGACUUUGCAGGAAAACAUGGCAAUGGUUCAUGAAUCUUAUACUAGUUUAGACCAUGGGAUGAAUAGAUUAGUAAAUGGAACUGAGGAAAUUGAGAAUAAGAUUGUGAAAGUUGGGGAUGAAAUGACUUCUAGGAUGGACAAAUUACAGACUAAAGCUGAUGAUAUUGGGAAUAUUGCUGGCCAAGCUUUGGAUAAACAGAAACAACUUUUGGAUGGACAAUCUGAAGCUAUUAAUGGCCUUGAACUCCUCACUAAAACUCAGUCUCAAGCAAUGGAAGAGAGCAGGGUAACUCUGCAACAGUUGGCUCAAUUCGGGCACGAGCAACAAGAGGAGCUUCUUAGACGGCAAAAACAACUCCAGCAAACACAUGAUCAUCUUGUUGAGAAAUCAAAAACUAUAUUAGCUGCUCAGGAAAGCUUUGAGUCUAAACAAGCAAGCAUGUUCCUUGCCAUAGACAAGUUGUUCGCAUUGCACAACGCCAUGCUUCUUGAAUCAAGAUUGAUCAAAGCGUUCUUGCUCUAUUCGUUGUCAAUCUUUCUUCUCUACAUGUUCACUAGCACGAAGCAGACUUAUAAUGUGAGACCUAGACUUUACAUAGGGUUAUGCCUCACAUUCUUGAUUGAAGUAGCCAUACUUCGAUAUGGAACAAGUGAAAUUGAUGAUCAAGCAUGGACUGUGAGCAUAGUUAGGUCUCUAUUUGUGUUACUCGCGUCGUGCCAACUUCUAUAUUCCAUUUGGACAUACAGAGAUUAUGAAGUGUUGAAUCAUCAAAUGUUACUGACACUAGUGGAGAAGGUUAAUGGAAUUCAGAAACAAAAGAAGUACUUAUCAUAUGAAAUGGGGAAUGAGGAUUCAGAUAGUGAUGUGGAUUGGUCGUCUUGGAUUGAAGCUGAAUUACCAGAAGAUGUUGACAAAUUGAAGGAUCCUGACUUUGCAUAUCCUGAAGAAGUUGCUGAGAAUUCAGUUGGAAGCAUGUCAAUUACAAGAAGAUAAUCACCACCUUUUGACAAAUUGAAGAUAUUAACAAUUUAUUUUCAACCAUCUUAUAUGUUUAUAGUAAUAGGAAAACCAUACAAACUGUUGGUGUUUUCUUUUAUAGUAGUUACUAGUUACUUUAGCCGUGCUGUGCCCGGGCCCAAUUCUAAAAGUUAAAACUUGAAAUCACAAGAAAUAAUUAUUUUCUUACUUUGGACUUCUAUUGUAUUUUAAAAAUAUAUAUUCCUAUAAGUUCUUGAAGUC